AUGGGUGACACGCCUCAGAACCAUGAUUCGAAUGCCAGUGGAGGUGCAAAGGAUUCCGUUUUCCAUAGAGCAACGUCAAUGGUAUCCAAUGGAUCACGAGGUCUUUUUCGAUACUUCCGACUCCUGACUUACGCCGAACCGAGCAAAACAGACAUUUCGUUGCUGGUAAUCGGUACCAUUGCUUCAAUUGCUGCUGGAAUACCAUUUCCGCUUCUCGGUAUCCUUUUUGGCCAGCUAUUAGACGACCUUAAUUCGGAAACAUGUGCGGGUGAACAAACAACCUCCCCGGAAACGUACCAAUCCGAUGUGAAUGAAAAGGUAUUGCUAGUUAUGGCUUGUGCCUUAGCCCAGCUUGCACUUGUUUACAUAUUCUCCGUAUGCUGGAACCUGUUUGGCGAUCGGCUUGCUCACCGGUUACGAGAGCGUUACUUCCGCUCCUUGCUACGUCAGGAGGUAUCAUUUUUCGAUAAAUUACCAGCCGGAGAGGUCUCCUCGCGUUUGAGUGCCGACAUUAACGUCAUCAAAAGUGGUACAUCUGAAAAGGUUGGCGUGUAUAUGGGCUCACUUGCGAUGUUCAUCACCUCAUAUGUCGUGGCCUUUAUCAAGAACGCUAAACUAGCUGGCAUUCUAGUGUCAUUGGUUCCUGCAUUCAUGUUGAUGUCCCUUGUCGGCGGUCACUUUAUUGGCAAAUACUCGGGCCAGGCAUCACAACAUGUUGCGUCCGCAUCAUCCAUCGCUUUAGAGAGCUUGUCAAACGUUAUGGUUGUACAUGCGUUCAGAGCUAAUAACCGCCUCGAAGAAAAAUUCGCCGAUGAGCUCCUCGUGGCAAAAAAGAACGGGGUCAAGAAAGCUAUCGCAACCGCUGUGCAGUCUGGGCUGCUAUAUUUCAUAGCUUUCUCGGCAAGCGGAUUGGCAUACUGGCAGGGCAGUAAAACCAUAGCUGAUGUCGUUGCUGGUCGUGAGGAGGGAGUGACUGUUGGCACAACAUACACUAUCAUAUUCCUUCUAGUUGACGCCUCCCUUGUGAUUAGUCAAAUAUCGCCAUACUUACAGAUCUUUGGAUCUGCCACGGCUGCGUUAGAAAAGCUUGAGAAGGAUAUCGAUCGCCAUUCGAAAAUCGACGGAACGCUUCCCUCGCAAGGAGACGAAUUCGAGUCAUUUUCGGGUGACGUUACACUUGAAAAUGUCGACUUCACCUACCCGUCUCGUCCCGACGUUCCCGUAAUUCAGGGUGUAACGCUUCACUUUCCAGCAGGCAAACAGACCGCAAUCGUUGGUUUAUCUGGUAGUGGAAAAUCGACAAUUGCCGGCUUACUGACACGAUUAUACGAUCCCGACCAAGGUACCGUGUAUGUGGAUGGCCGAAAUAUCCGUGAUGUGAAUGUGCGCCAACUACGAAGCUUUAUUGGCCUUGUUCAACAGGACCCCUUACUUUUAGAUCGAUCAGUCUUUGAAAACAUAGCUCUUGGAUUGGUGAACUCUCCUCGCCCGGAGCAUGGCCCCCUGCAGUCUAUUCUUCUUAGUACCCAGCUAUCCCAAAUAGCAGAGGCGGUACGAGGCGGACAAGACAUUGUUACUGCUGCGGAGCCGUAUGGUGAUCUGACUGUUGAAAUUGUGAAAAUGGUCCAGCGAGCGGCAAAUCUUGCUGAUGCUGAUGCCUUCCUGGAGAACUUGGAAUAUGGAUUCGGUACGACCGUCGGUCCUAAUGGUGACCUGCUAAGCGGUGGACAAAAACAGCGCGUGGCACUUGCAAGAGCUCUGGUCAAAGACCCCAAGAUUUUAGUUCUAGACGAGGCGACUUCAUCUCUCGAUUCGGCUAGCGAACGGCGUAUACAAAGCGCUAUCGACAAAGUUUCUACGGGCAGGACAGUAAUAUCAAUUGCGCAUCGUCUAGCGACUGUCAAAAAUGCUGACAAUAUCGUCGUCAUGCGCAAUGGUAAAGUCAUAGAACAGGGCAGUCACCUCGACCUCAUUGCUAGAAAUACCGAUUAUGCGGCCCUUGUUCGGUUGCAGAAUAUGGGAUCGGAGACUUCAAGCGUAAGCACUGCAAAGGAAAGUACUACGAAGGACCUGGCCCAUUCAGACAUAGACAUGGAAAAGGUAUCCCGGUCGCUCACUAAGGAGAACGAAAAUGUUGGUGAAGCUGUCACCACCGAAACUGAAAUAGAUGUGGAAAAGGAGGCGAAGAUAUCCGAUCAGUCGAGGCCGACAUGGGCCACAAUUAAAAGUCUAGCGACAAUAACUCGACCUUAUCUGCUGUGGGUAUUUGUUGCCCUCUUUGCAGCUCUCAUUGUUGGCGGGACAUAUUCCGGAUCGGCGUUGAUAUUCGGUAACACGAUCGGUGCUUUAAGCCCUUGCAACUCUGAGGAUGCUAUUCGAGCAGCGGGUAGCUUUUUUGGCCUUAUGUUCUUCGCGCUUGCCAUUAUCGAAUUAUUCGCCAAUGCAGUGAGUUGGUCGGCGUUUGGCUGGAUCGCGCAAAAGCUUCUCUAUACAAUCAGGGUACUCUCUUUCCGCUCGUUAUUUGAGCAAGACCUGCAGUGGCACCAGUCCGAGAAUCGCACCCCUUCAAUGUUACUGUCGUAUAUUACAAGCGACUCGGCUGCCGUCGAAGGUUUAACGGGUUCGAUAAUAGGAACUAUCUUCUCUAUUGGUGUUAACUUUAUUGCUGCGGUCAUUAUGACACUCAUCAUUGCCUGGAAAAUAGCAAUUGUCUGUCUCGCAACAGUACCGCUUAUGCUUGGCUCAGGAAUAAUGCAAAUGCGUAUCCUCACUCGUUUCGCAGAACGCCACGAAAAAGCAUUCGCCAAAUCUGUGAGCAUUACUGUCGAGGCUGUAAAUUCAAUCAAGACUGUUGCAGCACUAUCCCUCGAGCAAGAGGUACUCGGGACAUACCAUCGCUCUCUCUCGGCGCCGCGUAAUGAGAUGACACGCUCUAGCCUGUGGGCCAACCUAUUCCUCGCGAUUGCAUUCAGCAUGUCAAAUCUCAUCUAUGCGUUCAUAUACUGGUGGGGAGCCAAACAGAUUAUCGAAAGCCAUUAUACGCAAGUCGAAUUCUUCAUCGUACUGAUGGCGCUUCUAGUAAGUGCCCAGCUUUGGGGUCAACUCUUUACCCUCGCCCCUGAAAUAACAAGAGCGGGAAGGGCAGUGGGUCAGAUUUUCGACCUCAUAGACCUAAGCUCAUCUAAAACCAUGUUGGCAAAGGGGGUAAAUCGCCGUGACCCAGAGGCGGCUGUUGAGUCAAAGAGAGUAUCAACAUCAAAUGCUAAGGGCCUUGCGGUAAGCUUCAAGCAAGUGAAAUUCUCAUAUCCCGCGCGACCAAAUCGACAAGUCUUGAAAGGUCUGAAUAUCGACAUUCGCCCAGGCCAGUUCUGCGCUCUUGUUGGUCCUAGUGGUGCCGGAAAAUCAACAGUCAUAUCAUUACUAGAACGCAUGUAUAGCCCGGAAUCGGGCGCGAUUGAAGUCGAUGGCAUAGAUAUCUCGGGCAGAAAAGAACCCAUCUUUCGAGAUGACAUCGGUCUAGUGCCACAGGACAGCGUCUUAUUCGACGGCAGCAUUCGGUUUAACGUCGCCCUCGGUGCUCGCCCAGACGAAGAACCAUCAGAUGCGGACAUUGAGGAUGCAUGCAAGUUGGCGAAUAUCCAUGAUACUAUCGUAGCUCUACCAGACGGUUACAACACACAAUGCGGACAUAGUGGGGGUCAACUUUCAGGUGGCCAGAAACAACGUCUUUCCAUCGCUAGAGCAUUAGUGCGUAAGCCACGGCUGCUACUCCUAGAUGAAUCGACUAGUGCUUUGGAUGCAGAGUCGGAAAGGCUACUUCAGGACGGAUUAGAGAAGGCGACGCGGGGCAUAACGGUGGUGGCCAUCGCGCAUCGGUUGCAUACUAUCCGACGCGCAGACGUAAUCUUCAUGAUCGAAGAUGGUCAAUGUGUCGAAAGGGGUACACACGAAGAGUUGUUGACUCGUAGCGAGAGCUAUCGCGUAAAUGUUCUGCACCAAACAUUGGAUGGGUGA